AUGAGCCUCAACAGGUCCCCAGAGGAGACCCCUGAGAGAGACUCGGGGAGAGCAGGAUGGAAGCCCACGGUGAGAGAUGCUUUCAAAGAUAUCUCCACAUACUUCUCCAAGGAAGAAUGGACAGAGAUGGGAGACUGGGAGAAAAUCCGAUAUAGGAAUGUGAAAAGGAACUACGAAGCCCUGAUUACCAUAGGUCUCAGAGCCCCUCGACCAGCUUUCAUGUGUCACCGCAGGCAGGCCAUCAAACCCCAAGUAGAUGACACUGAGGAUUCUGAUGAAGAAUGGACGCCAAGGCAGCAAGUCAGACCUUCUUGGGUGGCAUUCAGAAUGGAGCAGAAUAAACACCAGAAGGGAAUACCCAGGGCGCCAUUAAGUAAUGAAUCUAGUUUGAAGGAAUUAUCAGAAACAGCAAAGUUGCUGAACACAAGUGGCUCAGAGCAGGGCCAGAAACCAGUGUCCCCUCCUGGAGAAGCAAGUACCUCUGGACAUCACUCCCUACAAAAAUUGGAACUCAGGAGAAAGGACAUUGAAGUAAAGAUGUAUAGUCUACGAGAAAGAAAGAGCCUUGCAUACCAAGAGGUCAACGAGCCCCAGGAUGAUGACUACCUCUAUUGUGAGAAGUGUCAGAACUUCUUCAUUGACAGCUGUGCUGUUCAUGGGCCCCCUACAUUUGUAAAGGACAGUGCAGUGGACAAGGGGCAACCCAACCGCUCAGCCCUCACUCUGCCCCCUGGUCUGAGAAUCAGACCAUCAAGCAUCCCUCAGGCUGGGCUUGGAGUAUGGAAUGAAGCAUCUGAUCUGCCACUGGGUCUACACUUUGGCCCCUAUGAGGGCCAAAUCACAGAAGAUGAAGAGGCAGCCAACAGCGGAUACUCCUGGUUGAUCACCAAAGGGAGAAACUGCUAUGAGUAUGUGGAUGGAAAGGAUAACUCUUGGGCCAACUGGAUGAGGUACGUGAACUGUGCCAGGGAUGAUGAGGAGCAGAACCUGGUGGCCUUUCAAUAUCACAGGCAGAUCUUCUACCGAACCUGCCGGGUCAUCAGGCCAGGCUGCGAAUUGCUGGUCUGGUAUGGGGACGAGUAUGGCCAGGAGCUGGGCAUCAAGUGGGGAAGCAAGUGGAAGAGCGAGCUCACAGCAGGGAAAGGAGACAAUGCAUGCAACACAGGCAGUUGUGUCAACAUCUACCUGACCAAAAAUUUCCUCUUUCAGCAGAACCAAAGCCAGAGGUACAUCCAUGUCCUUCCUGCUCUCUGGCCUUCUCCAGUCAGAAAUUCCUCAGCCAACAUUUGGAACGCAAUCACCCUUCUCAGAUCUUCCCACAAAUAUCUGCAAGAGAAUAUUUCCAACCAGAGGAUCCCUGCCCAGGCGAUCAGAAUCAGCAGCGGCAGCAACAUUCUGAUCCGCAGAGCUGGAGUGACAAAGCUAAAGGUCAAGAGGUCAAAGAAAGUUUCAAACCUUUGCUUAAAAGUGUAA